AUGGCAACGUACGGUGACGAGCCAGUCGACAGUUAUUUCUAUUCUGCUUACAACCCGUACACGGGCAGACACCCCAGGCCUAAAAACACGGGGUGGAAAAAUAAAAGUUACCUGUCUCACUAUGGAGACACUUCGGAUGCCUUCAACAACCAUCAGCGCGCCCAGCUGAAGUCCAUCUUAUCGCAAAUCAACCCAAAGCUCACGCCGAGGCUCAGGAAGGCCAACACUAAAGAUAUGGCGGUGCAGGUGAACCCGAGGAAAGACGCCUCGGUGCAGUGCUCCAUCGGCUGGCGGACCCUCGCGGCCACGAGGCGGGACAUUCGGAGCAACGGGAGGCAGGAGCCCAGGACACCCGACAGCCCCAAGCCAGCGGGCGUUGUGCGCUACACCCGCACCCUCGCCGUGUAUUCGCCCAUCGCCUACAGGAGCGUCACCUCCUUCCUGGUCGAUGAGAACAACAACAAGGAGGCCUCGGACGGUGAGGCGCAGUCCGGAGAGCCGCCCGGUGACCCGCCGGAGAACGCGGUGAAACGCAGCGGGAAGAGCAAAGACAACCAGGCCGAGGAUAAAAAGACCGCAAAACUCCCAGUUCAGCGCAAAAAAAACAAGUCCAAGCAAAAAGUGAAGAGCGAAGAUGCGCAGUCAUACACUGAGGGGUCAAAGGUCAGGGCGCGUGUGCGGUUCCAGUUUCUGGAACAGAAGUACGGAUAUUAUCACUGCAGAGAGUGCAAUCUGCGAUGGGAGAGUGCCUACGUUUGGUGUGUUCAGGGAACGAACAAGGUUUACUUCAAACAGUACUGUAGAAAAUGCCAAAAGGACUUCAACCCAUACCGUGUUGAGGACAUCACAUGUCAGACAUGCAACAAAGCCCGUUGUUCCUGUACAAUAACACAACGGCACAUUGACCCCAAGCGGCCCCACAGACAGGACUUGUGCGGCAGAUGCAAAGGCAAGCGGCUGUCCUGUGAGAGUACUUUCAGCUUCAAAUACAUCGUCUAG